UAAAAAUCCUGGUUUGGUUGAAAUUAUAUGUAUAGUUAGUUUGACUGUCAGGAGGUUAAGUGAGUGGUAAAGAAUGGAUGUGAUUAAAUUUACUCUUUUGGUGUUUCUUUAUCACCAGAUGCUAUGGCAAGGAAACGUCUGGAGUGUUCUGGCACCUGAGGCAGACGAUCCCGUAGCUAACACCACCACCAAGGCGGCGCCUCAGGCGGACGAUCCUGCAUCUAACACCACCACCACCAAGGCGGCACCUCAGGCGGACGAUCCUGCAGCUAACACCACCACCACCACCAAGGCGGCGCCUCAGGCGGACGAUCCUGCAGCUAACACCACCCCCACCAAGGCGGCACCUCAGGCGGACGAUCCUGCAGCUAACACCACCACCACCAAGGCGGCGCCUCAGGCGGACGAUCCUUCAGCUAACACCACCACCACCACCACCAAGGCGGCGCCUCAGGCGGACGAUCCUUCAGCUAACACCACCACCACCAAGGCGGCGCCUCAGGCGGACGAUCCCGUAGCGAACGCCACCACCAAGGCGGCGCCUCAGGCGGACGAUCCCGUAGCGAACGCCACCACCAAGGCGGCGCCUCAGGCGGACGAUCCCGUAGCGAACACCACCACCAAGGCGGCGCCUCAGGCGGAUGAUCCCGUAGGGAACACCACCACCAAGGCGGCGCCUCAGGCGGACGAUCCUGCAGCUAACACCACCACCACCAAGUUGGCGCCUCAGGCGGACGAUCCUGCAGCUAACACCACCACCACCAAGAGGGUGCCUCAGGCGGAUGAUCCCGUAGCUAACACAACCACCAAGGCGGCGCCUCAGGCGGACGAUCCUGCAGCUAACACAACCACCAAGGCGGCGCCUCAGGCGGACGAUCCUGCAGCUAACACAACCACCACCAAGGCGGUGCCUCAGGCGGACUAUCCUGCAGCUAACACCACCACCACCAAGCGGUGCCUCAGGCGGACUAUCCUGCAGCUAACACCACCACCACCAAGGCGGUGCCUCAGGCGGACGAUCCCGCAGCUAACACCACCACCACCAAGGCGGCGCCUCAGGCGGACGAUCCUGCAGCUAACACAACCACCACCAAGGCGGCGCCUCAGGCGGACGAUCCUUCAGCUAACACCACCACCACCAAGGCGGCGCCUCAGGCGGACGAUCCUGCAGCUAACACCACCACCACCAAGGCGGUGCCUCAGGCGGACUAUCCUGCAGCUAACACCACCACCACCAAGGCGGUGCCUCAGGCGGACUAUCCUGCAGCUAACACCACCACCACCAAGGCGGUGCCUGAGGCGGACGAUCCCGCAGCUAACAGCACCACCACCAAGGCAGUUAACACCACGAGCUGGCUUCAAACGUUAUCUUGAGUACUGGUGUACUGGUUCCAGGGGCUGUCUAGUUGCAUUUUGUCACAUGUUUUACAAACCAAAUAAAGCUUUUAAGUGUCUCUUCAGCGUGAGUGCUAAAGCUUGUAGAGCUGCUUUAAUGUUAAUUAUUCCUGUGGUGGGCUGCUUAUUUUGCAGUUGACCACUUCUUGUACAUUGCGGUUACAAAUUCUGCCUAAAUGUUACUGUAGCUAUGGAAAGAAAGUGACUAUGUAUUUACCCAUUUAAA